AUGCCGGACCUCUAUCCUCUCAUCAACCAGGGCAUCAUCAAUCUCAUCCAGAUGAAUGGAUACAACACUUGGGGAGAAGACAUUGCUGCUGAGUACAAGGCCUGGCUCAAGAUUGAUGGAAACAUGCCAGUUAUUCCACCUCCUUGUAGUCGACAUGCUAGUCUCAUUCUUGAGCAUACUGUAUCAGCGAGUGCUCAAUCACUCCAACAGCAUAGCAUCUCCAUUAUUGGAGAACAGAAACAAGAGGUUGCCAAUGUGGAUGUAUCCAUAGUGGAGGGACAAUGUAGUGGGACUGUUCUGAGUAGUGUUUUGCCAUUGAUUCAUGUCAAUGUUGGCCACAGUCAAGUUAGGUUUGAUGACAGGGUGGGGAAAUCGGACUUUCAGAAGUAUACCCAACAUAAAAGUGUAUUUUGCUCUCAACUGGUACAAGCCAUAAAACUUGCUGCACCAAUUCCAGUUUCUACAAGUUCAAAUAGUGCUGAAGAUUUUCUGAACCUCGACAUAAAUGACAUGGGUGGUAAUCUCAUUGAUACCGAGACAGUGGAGAAUGUGCAGGAGACUGAUGGUAUCACCCAAGUACUGGGCUAUUGUUUGUCUGAUAAGAUACUCACUGAUAACCUUGAUUCCUCUCAUGUUCCUGGAGUCAGAUCAUCUUUGUCGGGUAAUGACAGCAAAGUUACUUUGGAAGUACCUGCAAUGCCUGGGGAUCAGGCUUUCACUAUCAAAGACCAUGUUGUGCAUGACAAUCAUAUGACCAUUCUAGAUGCUUUUCCCAAAUUGGAAUACAACACCUUGGAUUACCUGAAUAACUGGCUUAGAUUGAUCUGUGGAUGGCAACAUCAUCUGGAUAGUGAAGUGUAUUGUGUUAUCUAUAAAGGAAUUCUCAUUGGGUAA